GCGCUCUGGGAGCCCCGGGCCGGGGCGCAGCGAGUGGAUUUAAUGUUUAAUCGCAGUUUCCUGAAAGUCAAGGGGACUCUGCAGGGUCGUCGUCUUGGUACGUUAACGAUCGUUUACUCCAGCAGUUUGAGCGUCAUUUUUUACACAUAUCUGAAAAAACAUCUACCUACUUGUGUUUUUCAUUCAUUUACAUACAUAUACAUGUAAAACCUUAUAUAUCUGAAACAAUCUUACGUUGAUUGUAAAAAUUCAAAAUAUAAAAGAUGUUUUAAAAUAUUAAAAUAAAAAAUGUACGAAGUUGAGCUGAAAGCGAGACCCGAUGGCCCCUCGCCCAAGCACCGAGGACAGCGCCUGUGGCCUGGGACACGUCCUGGUGCUCGGACCCUGAGCUGUUGGUGGCCGUGAGCGCUGCUGGGUCUGGGCACUUGGACACGGAUGGCCCAACAGCCCAGGGCCCUGGGCUCCUUCUCAAGGGGCCUCGUCCAAGGAAAGUGAGAAGCGUACCGGCAGCUCCGGUUUCUACAGUUAAUUUUGCAGCAGUUUCUACUCAGAAAAACAGCCUCAGGCUCCACAGCAGAAGCCCGGCAGGUAGAUGAGCAGUGGGGGGUUGCCGAGCCCAGGCCCGGUCCUACCUAGAACUGUCCUCCCCGGUCUCUGCCACGCCCCAUCCCUGAAGACCUGAGAGACAGGCUGGAGUGAGUGCGCCUUUGGAGGCACAGCUCAUGGGUUCCUGGAGCCGGCGCUGCACUUGCAGGUUCCAGGUGCCUGUGAGGGGCUGUCGGUCACACCUGCUCCCGGGGAAGGAGGGUCCAGCUUGCAACCUGUGGGCUUUGUAGGACCUGGUUUUUUACAGAAUCAGGAAAGCAGUGAUGUCUCGGGAGGGCUGGCAGCCAGUUCCGGGCAGCUCAGCGCUGCGCACUGGUUUGGAUACCAUUCCAGCUGUCGUCGGCGAGGACACGAAGUUGUCUUCUCGCGGUUGCCUCGCAUCUGAAGAAUGUGACUCCACUCAGGUGGGCCGUUGCCCAGUCCACCUGAAAGGGCGCCAUGGGACCCCCCUUUCUUUGCAUUUUCAUUUGUUUUAUUAGGGAACAAAUGCCAGAAAUGCGAGAUGUGAGUGGGAACUACUUAGAAUUCCUAAAUUCAGCCAUAACGCGGACGCUUUUGUUUAUCUUGUGGAGGGUGAGCGACAGCCUCAGGCUUUUGGACGCUGUCUGCUGUCACCACCUCAGGCUAGAACCGGGCUGCGUGUUGAUCUGAGGCCCUGAGUUGGGUUUUCAUUGUGAGUUUCAAAAUUGCCAAAAGCAUAUUUCAGGGUUUUACCAGGUGUGUGCCCUUCACAAUUUCCCCCCAGGUAUGUUGACUCAAUUAUUUUAAGAAUUACCGAGAUAGGAUUUCUCAGAGUUUCAAAAGGGACUUGAGGCUGUCUUUAGACAAGACUGUUUAUGAACAGAGAAAUGAGACAGGACGUGAGCGGGUCAGCAGGUCGCAGCCCCGGGAUUAGCCUGGGAGGUGACCUGAGGUUUUCUCACUGUUCUUUUAUUCCCAGGGGCUUUGUGUCACAACCGCCUUGUUUUCUUGCCAUGUCAGCAUCUGCUGGCUUUUAGAUGGAAUAACGUCUUCCCCGGGGUGUGGGAGCCGCUUUGAACACCCAGCCUUUGUCCCAGCAGCUGCUGGGUCAGAGCUGGGAUUGGGCGCCCAUGCUGUGAACUUAAUCACCAGCCUUCUGGCUUUAAAAUAUGAACUGUAAUGUGUGCCGUUGCUCUUUGCUUUCCUGCCCUUUUUAACCAGGCUGCAGAUACUUUGGCCGUGAGGCAGAAAAGAAGAAUUUAUGAUAUCACCAACGUCUUGGAGGGGAUCGACCUGAUUGAAAAGAAGUCAAAAAACAGCAUCCAGUGGAAGGGGGUGGGCGCCGGGUGCAACACUAAGGAAGUCCUGGAGAGGCUGAGAGACCUCAAAGCCGAGAUUGAGGACCUGGACCUGAAGGAGAAGGAACUGGAUCAGCAGAAGUCGUGGCUGCAGCAGAGCAUCAGGAACGUGAUGGACGACUCCAGCAACAGCAGGUUCUCCUACGUGACCCACGAGGAUGUCUGCAACUGCUUCAGUGGCGACACACUGUUGGCCAUCCAGGCACCUUCUGGCACGCAGCUGGAGGUCCCUAUUCCGGAGAUGGGUCAGAACGGACAGAAGAAAUACCAGAUCAACCUGAAGAGUCACUCGGGCCCCAUCCAUGUGCUGCUGAUCAAUAAAGAGUCCAGUUCGUCUCAGCCCGUGGUUUUUCCUGUCCCCCCACCCGAUGACCUCACGCAGCCCUCUCAGCCCUCGACGCCCCAGACUCCGCACAAGCCCAGCCCGGCCCCUCCGAGCCCCCCCGGGCAGCCCGCCUCCGAGAGGGGCCUGGGCCUCCAGCACUUGCCGACCACAGACUUGGCUGCAGCAGGAUCUAUCACUGGAGAUAUCAUCGACGAGCUGAUGUCCUCUGACGUGUUCCCCCUCCUGCGGCUCUCCCCCACCCCCGCGGACGACUACAACUUUAACCUAGAUGACAAUGAAGGAGUGUGUGACCUGUUUGAUGUCCAGAUACUAAAUUAUUAGAUUCCAUGGACACUUGGGGCUGCUAUCUACCUCUAACUGUAUCUCUGUAGGCUUGCUAAUAACCUGAGUAUUUAUAAUGAACAUAACGCCUGCCUAGUCUCUGAUUCUGAAGUCUUCUUCCCUAAUACCUUCUCUCUGGCUUCACAAAACCUCCACCUGAAAACAAAGGGCUCCCACUGCUGCAGGGAAAGUGACUUAAUAGCCACCACACCCCACCCUUGGGUAACUGCUUCCUGGGACUUCGGCUGUUCUUCCAGUUCUCACCCCUUUGGUUUUUACUCUCAUGAGAGGAAAGUUAAAAGUAGGCUUAAGGUCACCAAAAACAAAAAUGGCCAAGGGCUCAUUAUUUGUGUUCCGCUUUUACUGCCAUGAAACUGUCCGAUUUCUGAGCUCCCGUCCGGACAGACAGUCACUGCCACGUGUGGAGCAAAGGGGGUGAGCAAGGCCGGGCCCUGUUCCCGGGAACAGAGUGUGUGAAGUGCCUUCUGGUUCAGCACUUUAAGUCAUCACAUUUGGUUGACUUCUGACAUUCCUCUUUCCUAGGCUACAGGAAAGGUCUGUUUAUGUAGUUUGUUUUUAAAAUGUGCCAAUGCCUGUACAUUAACAAGAUUUUUAAAAAUAAA